AUGCCCCGGGCCCGCCCCCGUCCCGGGGCGGGGCUGCCCCGUCCCCGUCCCCGUCCCCGUCCCCGGCCGUCCCUCCGCAGUCUCGCCUCCUCCCGGCUCUGGCUGUACUCGCGGUGGCGCUGCUGGGCGGGCAUCAGUGCCUGGGGCGCGGGCGGAAUCCCCGCCCUUUGCCUCCGCCUGGCCCAAGCCCGGCCCCGGCCCCGACGCCGGGCCCGACGCAGAGUCCAGUGUCGACCCCGACCCCGACCGCGACGCCGACCCCGGCCCCGGCCCCAGCUCCUCCCGGGGCCCGCGGAGGACACACGCGGCGCUGCUGCUCCCGCCGCCGCCGCUGCGGCUUCCCCGGCCCGAGCUCCGCCGCUCGGCAGCGCGGCCGCCCGCCCCGAGCCUCCCGUGUCCCGUUCCAAAGAGCGAAAGCCCGGGCAUGGCCGGCCCGGGGCGGGUGAGGGGCGCUCGGGGGCCGUUGCUGGCCCCGGGCCGAGCGCUGACAGCCGCGUUCCGCCCGCAGGGAAGGCGCUGGAGGCCCUGCAGGAUCGGUACCGGCUGGGUUCGCUGCUGGGGCGCGGCGGUUUCGGCAGCGUCUUCGCGGCCACGCGGCUCUCGGACGGCGAACGGGUGGCCAUCAAAAGGGUGCCACGGAACCGCGUCCGGCACUGGGGCGAGCUGCCCGACGGCACCAGCGCACCCCUGGAGAUCGUGCUGCUGGACAAGGUGUCCACCGGCUUCUCCGGUGUGGUGCAGCUGCUGGAGUGGCUCGAGCUCCCCAACUACAUCGUGAUGGUGCUGGAGCGGCCAGAGCAGUGUCAGGACCUGCGGCAUUUCAUUCGGGCACGGGGGUCCCUGUCCGAGGAGGUGGCGCGGGAGCUGUUCUGCUAGGUGCUGGCGGCCGUGUGGCACUGCACCAGCUGCGAGGUCCUGCACCGCGACAUCAAACCAGAGAACAUCCUGGUUGACCUGGCCACCAGGCAGGCCAAACUGAUCGACUUUGGCUGUGGCACCUACCUGCAAGACACAGCCUGCACGCACUUUGCAGGAACACCGUCAUACAGCCCCCCGGAAUGGAACUACUAUGGCUGGUACAACGGCGGGGCAGGAACAAUCUGGUCCCUGGGCAUCCUGCUGCACCAGAUGGUCUGCGGGGAGCACCCUUUAAGGAGGGACUGGAAAAUCUGCUGGGGCCACUCUCACUGCCACAAGGGCUCUCUCAAGGUUGCAAAGAUCUGAUCAGGUGGUGUUUAUCCAUGCACUCCUUGGACAGACCCACAUUAGAAGACCUGUUCUGUGAUCCUUGGGUGCAGGAUACUCCUCUGCCAUAGAAGAAGGGAGGGGGCCACAGAAACACUUUGAUCCAGGGCCCUGCUGGGGCCCUGGGCAGAGCCCUGAGAGCCUGGUCUCACCACAGGGAAGGAGAAGGAGCCCCUGGAGAAGCUGUACCAGGUGGGGAUGCUGCUGCUGCUGCUGGAGACAGCGAGGAUGGCAUCAAGGAUGAUAAGCUCUUCCUCAACCUGGCCACCGAUGGCUGAAGAGGAAGCAUUCUGGGUGGUCCAGUGUGGAUCGGGAAGUGCUUGGGAGCAGCUGUGGCGUGGAUGGGCCGUGCCCUUGGAGAAGGCUGAGGACAUGGUUUCGGAGCAGCUUUUCUUCCAGCUGUGGAUGGUGUGAGACGGACUCUGCAGGUGCUGAGGCUGCUCUGGCUCUGCCAGGGCUCUGCUGGGCUCAGCCCUGGGCACGGCUGGGCUGGUUCUGCCCUCACAUUGCUCUGACAGCUUUGCAUCAGACGAGCCUGUUCUGAGCACAGCACCUGAGCUUUCUGCUUUGGCAGGUGAGUGAGACUCUCCUGCAGGCCCAGAGAUUGCAGCUGGGGACACACAUCCAAGUGGCAAGGACCCAGACUCUCCACAUUCCCAUCUAAACCCCUGGGUCUCCACAGAGUGUUUUUGUCUGUCCCAUUCUUCCUUCUUUAUUGGCUGGAAUUGUGCAAUUGCACUUUCUUCCUCCUCUAGAAGUGCCACAAGUGGACCAAAGCUGGCAAGUGGGCUGUGUUCCUGAGGCAGUGCAGUCUGGAGCUGAUGGAUGGAGAAUUGCCCUUCUGCACUUCCCAACCAGAGCAAAAAGCCAUAAGUGGGACUUGGUGUCUUUAAGAAAUCCCUGACAGUUUCAAAGGGAAUGUGCAGCUCAUUACCAGGGUGAGAAGGAAGGUCAUCUUCUAAAAGAUUUGGGGUUUGACAGAGUUUUGAUUCCCAGUCCUGCUUGGAGCUGGAAGGGCACAAAGCAAUUUCCUCUUGCUUUGACCACGAUUUAAAAUAACAAUCUUGGAAACAAAACCCAAAAUAUUUUACAAUGCUGCUGAGGUCAGUAAGAUGGAUCCAUGCCAUCAGAACAUUUACAAUGUAAAUAACUGAAUUCUCUUUUUAAAAAAAUCGUUUACUUCUUAAUGCAAAGUUACAACAGUUUUUUCACUAGGACUUGGAUUUUAUUUUUGUCCUUUACAAUUUAUCUAGGUUUUUUUCUUUUCCCUUUUUUUCCUUUAAAUAGAAAAUGUGUCUUACAAAAGGAAUGUCCUUUGCUGCUGGUUCCCGUGUGGAGCAGCUCCCUUCCUGCUGGCUGAGCUGCUCAGACAGAGCCCGGCAGCUCCUGGCCCUGCAGGGCUGAGGCUUUUCCCCGUUGCUGGGCACAGACUGAUGGAGCAGCACUGCUGAACACAGCACACCCAGAGGGACCAGCAGCAGCUGCCUUUGCCCACCUGAGGCUCCAAGGCCCAAGCACUGAGCAGGCAGGGCUGGAAGAGACUGACAGGCUCCCUGCUGGCUGUGCUGCCCCACUUGUGCUCGGCCCAGCUUUGCUUGGGGCGGAGGGAGAACAAGGGGCAGCUCCCAGCCCAGGGACCCCUCCAGCCCCAGGGCUUGGGGCACUGUCAGCACCUGCUGCUCCAGCCAGGGCUUCUUCUGGCCCUGACAGCAACAGCCAAAUGGGGGCUGAUCCCGAGGGAGCAGCAGCAGGGCCUGGAUCUGAUCCCUGACACUGGGCCAGGGCUGCACAAAGGACCCCACAGCAGCAGCAGCAGCAGCAGCAGAUGGAGCUGACUUUCAGCACAGCCCCUGCCCCUCUUCCCUCCCGUGUGCAGUGGUGUCACAGCAGCCUGAGGCACCUGGGAGCCCCCAGUGCCAGCAGGGACUUGAGAUGGCAGCCCUGGGCUCCUGGAGGUUGUGCAGGGAACAGAGCUGGGGACUCCCUGUCCAUGGGGAUCUUCCAGAUGGAAAAGGCUGCUGUUCCCAGGCAGCUCCAAGGGCACAGAAAGGAGGGUCUCGAGCACUGGAUCUAUGCCAGUGCCACAGUCCUGGGCAGCAGCCAGCGAGCCCUGGGGGAACAGAGGGCACAGCAAGAGGGACAGAACCAGGCAAGGUCAGAGACUGGAGAGAGCCAGGUCCGGGAGCAGGAACAGCUGCUCCAUUGCACUCUUGGAGAAAGCUCUUGGCUGGUUCAGAGCGCUGAAAGGCAUGAAGGGCAGAGAGGAGGCCACAGCAAACAAUGCUCCUGUUUGCACAGCCUCCCCUCUCUGUGUCCCAGAAGGAAUUGGAUGGGCUGUGUUCGUCUCUCCGAGUCGUCUCGUUCAGCAUGAGCAGCUCAGCACCAGGAGCUGAAGGAGCUGAAGCCUCAGGCUACAGGAGCUGGGCAAGAGGGAACUUUUUGAGCAAAGUCAUGCUGCUAAAAUAGACCCAGCUAAAUGCAGCGGAUAUAACCAUGGAAUCCCAGAAUCCUUUCUGUUGGAAAAGGCCUCUGAGCUCGUCCAGUCCAGCUGUUCACCCAGCUCUGUCAAGCCCAGCACUAAACCACAUCGCUGAAGUGCCAAGGCCUGGACAACAGCCCUGAGGGAGGCCUGAACAGCAGGCCCUGAGCCAAAGGUGCCUCUGGAUGAACCUUCCACCCAAAGGUUAUCUUUGCAUCUGCUCCCUAAUGAAAUAUGCAUGGUCAUUAGCACUGGGAUAGAUGUAGGCACUCCUUAGUGAAAUAUGUAUUGACCUUUGUGUGUUUAGAAGCCAGACAAGGCCAUGAAAUCUGACAUCUGGCCUUGUUUGGGGCUGAAGGAUCAAAGACAGCUCCUUUGGUUCCUCCUGGGGCCCUGGCCAGGCUUUGGGAGGGAGCCAAGAGGAGGAUGAAACCAGGAUGUUCCCACACUAGAAGUGCUGUCAGUUUGUUCACUCAGCACUGUCAGAACUGGGCCCUCUCCCGGCGGGGUUGGAGCCUCACCUGUGGCUGGAGGCACCUGCAGGAAUUCCCAGUGCCCAGGAGUGGCUCUGCAGCCCUUGGCUGUGACAGCUUCCCCCAGCUGCUGUGUGGAUCUGGGUGAUGGUAAAGGCUGAGGGUAAAUGCUGCUGGAUCUUUGUUAAUCACUGCAGGCAAUCUUUGGUGCUAUGAUUGCUGAGCUGUUCCUUUUGUGAUUCUUUGCUGCUUUGAACUAAUAGGUAAAUGACACUGAUUCCUUCAGUUGGAGUCUGUGUCCUUGGUGCUGACUUUGCCCACUGGUAAAAGGAAACUGGCACAGUCUGGCCAGAUCACUACAAAAUGUCACUUGUUCAAUGUAAAUGUGAGGAAUCAGUCCCAUCAGAAAUUCCCAGAUGGGAAGCCCUUCCCUGGAGUUCCCUGGCUCUGGAGUGGGCUGAGGUUGGAGCACCAUGUGAGCAGUGGGGCAGUCGGUUAAAAGAAGCUGCACCCCUGGAUGUCUUCAAAUGCAUCCAAAAAUUGCAUAUGGAAAAGGAAAAGAACUUGUGGGAUUGAGCAGACAAAGAUGGAUUUGUUGAGAGUACAUUGGAAACAGCACCUUCAGAAGGAACAAUUAUUGUUGAAUGCUCCCACAUGGAGCAACAGAAGAAGGUUUUAAUCUUGAGAUCAGAUGCAUUUUGCAAGUGAAAUAUUAAUAUAAUAAAUAACUUUAUACAUAUUUAUAGUACAAUAAGACCUUAAUAUAUAUAUUUUUAUAUUUUUAUAUAUAUAUAUAUAUAUAUAUAUAUGUCUGUUGCCUCUGCUGAGGCAUGGCGACCUGGUUCAGGAACUGCACGGUGGCCCACCCUUGGCCGCUCGGGCCAUAAGCUCACAGACACCAAUGUGGUGGGCGGCAAAAUGGCAUUUAUUAAUUGGUAACAUGGGGUUACAUACCUGGGGCUCACUGCGUCACCUUCUUUUGCUUGCGUCAUCAACUGGGUGCUGCUGGCUAACAAAUGGGGGUUAAGUAACUUUAACUACUGAGGGGAGGGGUUCUGUCUGCCCAUAAAACACGGCGAUCGCCUGUCCCUAAUUUCCCACAUUUCCCGCCCUCCCUCAUGAUUAACUAAAAACGUACAAAGCAUAAACGUUAUAAAAAUGCAAAGGCUAUUAAAACUGAUAUAUGGUAAAACUGAUAAAUGGUAAAAAGCAAUGUAACAUGUCUGUAACAAGAGCGCCUUAAAGCAAUUGUUGGCGGUCAACGAAUAA